GUGGCAUUGAUGUGGAAGCCUGCUGAGGUGGGCGCAUUUGAGCUGGCGACCUCGGGCCGGCGGCUGACAGCGCAGACCACGGAGUCCGGGGGUCGCCGAGGGCCCCGCCGAGCGCCGGAGGCAAUGGACGAGCAGAGUGUGGAGAGCAUUGCUGAGGUUUUCCGAUGUUUCAUUUGUAUGGAGAAAUUGCGGGAUGCUCGGCUGUGUCCUCAUUGCUCCAAGCUUUGUUGUUUCAGCUGUAUUAGGCGCUGGCUGACAGAGCAGAGAGCUCAGUGUCCUCAUUGUCGUGCUCCACUUCAGCUACGGGAACUAGUGAAUUGUCGCUGGGCAGAAGAAGUGACACAGCAGCUUGAUACUCUUCAACUGUGCAGUCUUACCAAGCACGAGGAAAACGAGAAGGACAAAUGUGAAAAUCACCAUGAAAAACUCAGUGUAUUUUGCUGGACUUGUAAGAAGUGUAUCUGCCAUCAGUGUGCACUUUGGGGAGGAAUGCAUGGUGGACACACGUUUAAACCUUUGGCAGAAAUUUAUGAACAGCAUGUCACUAAGGUUAAUGAAGAGGUAGCCAAACUUCGUCGACGUCUCAUGGAACUGAUCAGCUUAGUUCAAGAAGUGGAAAGAAACGUAGAAGCUGUAAGAAAUGCAAAGGACGAGCGUGUUCGGGAGAUUAGGAAUGCAGUGGAGAUGAUGAUUGCACGGUUAGAUACGCAGCUGAAGAAUAAGCUCAUAACACUCAUGGGUCAGAAGACAUCUCUUACUCAAGAAACAGAGCUGUUGGAAUCUUUACUUCAGGAGGUAGAGCAUCAGUUGCGGUCUUGCAGUAAGAGCGAGCUGAUAUCUAAGAGCUCAGAGAUCCUAAUGAUGUUUCAGCAAGUUCACCGAAAACCCAUGGCAUCCUUUGUUACUACACCUGUUCCACCAGACUUUACCAGUGAAUUGGUACCAUCUUACGAUUCAGCUACAUUUGUAUUAGAGAACUUCAGCACUUUGCGCCAGAGAGCGGAUCCUGUUUACAGCCCACCUCUUCAAGUUUCAGGACUUUGUUGGAGGUUAAAGGUUUACCCUGAUGGAAAUGGAGUUGUACGAGGCUACUACUUAUCUGUAUUUUUGGAGCUAUCGGCUGGCUUACCUGAAACUUCCAAGUAUGAAUAUCGUGUAGAAAUGGUUCAUCAGUCCUGCAACGAUCCUACCAAAAAUAUCAUUCGAGAAUUUGCGUCUGACUUUGAAGUUGGAGAGUGCUGGGGCUAUAAUAGAUUUUUCCGUUUGGACUUACUUGCAAAUGAAGGAUACCUGAACCGACAAAAUGAUACAGUGAUUUUAAGGUUUCAGGUACGCUCACCAACAUUUUUUCAGAAAUGCCGGGAUCAGCACUGGUACAUUACUCAGCUGGAAGCUGCACAAACUGGCUAUAUUCAGCAAAUAAACAAUCUUAAAGAGAGACUGACUAUUGAGCUGUCCCGAACUCAGAAAUCAAGAGAUUUGUCACCACCAGAUAAUCAUCUUAGCCCCCAAAAUGAUGAUAUUCCUGAGGCACGAGCUAAGAAGGCUGGGUCAUGCUCUGACAUUCUUCUGGAAGGUGGUCCUACCUCAGCUUCUGUAAGAGAGAUCAAGGAAGAUGAAGAUGAAGAGGAGAAGAUUCAGAAUGAAGACUAUCAUCAUGAGCUCUCAGAUGGAGAUCUGGAUCUGGAUCUUGCUGGGGAAGAUGAAGUAAAUCAGCUCGAUGGCAGCAGCUCCUCUGCGAGUUCCACAGCAACGAGCAACACAGAAGAGAAUGACAUUGAUGAAGAGACCAUGUCUGGAGAGAAUGAUGUAGAGUAUAACAACAUGGAACUGGAAGAGGGAGAACUCAUGGAAGAUGCAGCUGCUGCAGGACCUCCAGGUAGUAAUCACAGCUAUGUGGGUGCCAGUAGCAGAAUGUCAAGAAGAGCACAUUUAUGCUCUGCCGCUACCAGUAGCUUAUUAGACAUUGAUCCUUUAAUCUUAAUACAUUUAUUGGAUCUUAAGGACCGGAGCAGUAUGGAAAAUCUGUGGGGCUUACAGCCUCGUCCAUCUACUUCACUUUUGCAACCCACAGCAUCAUAUUCUCGAAAAGAUAAAGAUCAAAGGAAGCAGCAGGCGAUGUGGCGAGUGCCCUCUGACCUAAAGAUGCUCAAAAGACUCAAAACUCAAAUGGCUGAAGUUCGGUGUAUGAAGACCGACGUGAAAACAACACUAUCUGAUAUAAAAGGCACUGGGAUUGCUUCUGGAGACAUACAGGCAAACCUGUUUUGUGCUGACCAGGCAGCUCUGGCUACCUGUGGACCUGAAAACUCUGGUAGACUACAGGAUUUGGGAAUGGAGCUCCUAGCAAAGUCAUCAGUUGCUGGCUGUUACAUACGGAACCCCACAAAUAAGAAGAAUUCACCCAAGUCAGCUCGGGCCAUAGCAGGCAGUCUAUCACUCCGAAGAGCUAUGGACUCUGGAGAAAGCAGCCGUUCAAAGGGAGACUGCCAGGCUUUGUCUGAAGGCUCCCCGGGAAGCUCUCAGUCCGGGAGCAGGCACAACUCUCCCCGAGCCCUGACACAUGGCAUCAUUGGGGAUAUUCUGCCCAAAAGUGAAGACCGACAAUGCAAAGCUUUGGAUUCUGAUGCUGUGGUGGUUGCAGUUUUCAAUGGCUUACCUACUGUUGAGAAAAGAAGGAAAAUGGUCGCCUUGGGGGCUAAUGCAAAAGGAGGUCGCCUGGAAGGAAUGCAGGUGGCAGAUUUGGAAAGUCAUUCUGAAGCUGGGGAGUUACAGCCCACACUACCUGAAGGAGCGUCAGCUGCCCCUGAGGAAGGAAUGAGUAGCGACAGCGACAUUGAAUGUGACACUGAGAAUGAGGAGCAGGAAGAGCACACCAGCAUGGGGUCCUUCAACGAUCCGUUCCUGGCUCCUCCCCCAGACGAAGAUUCACAUUCCAGUUUUCCUGAUGGUGAACAAAUCGACCCUGAAAAUCUCCACUUCAGUACUGAUGAAGGCGGUGGCAGGUAAUUGCCAGACAUGAGAACCGAGUUACAAGCUACCUGGGCCCUGAAAUUUGUUGGAAGUUGGUGCUCAAAAUUGUCAGCAGUCAGAUAAUCAGGUUUAGUUUCAUUUGUGGUCAUCUGUACCUGAAAGAGUAACUUUGAAACUGUUAGAAGGAGCACAAUUCUAGUACAAAACAGUAUUGGCACAUGGGAGAUCAAGCAGGGGAAGGGUUCCUUCUAAUGUAGUGAACUAACAGUGUAGUGCUCAAUUUAGCAUUAGCCAUUAACAAAGGCAGCUUGUCUCCAGUACUGAGAGCCAACUAAGUGCCAGAAAGUACCCAGAGGCAGUGCAUGACUCUGUGAUUCAUUCAGCUCCCGUGCUCUUCUGUCUUAGGCUCGACACAUGAUUUAGAUGGCCAUAUUUAAGUUUUCAUUAGUUUGUAGUUUCAUGAGGGCUUGUAUAAGAGUGGACAGAAAAGUUGCUUAUGAACAGUAGACACUUCCCCUGAGUAACUAUAGCAACACUGGACUGACCCUUCUCUUUGAAAUACGAUGAUAACCCAAAUUUUAUUUAUUUUUCUCACUUGUUCAAGUGCUGGCAUAUUGGUUAAUGGUACAUCUUCAUUCAGUUGUGCAGCCUUUACAGGUUUCACUUACGUGAGUUAAGUCAUUGGUGGAAGGUUCUGUGAACACAUGUAAGGUCACUUGAAAUUUUUUCAUCUUUUCUGCUUCCUGAAACACUACUGUAGUGCAACUGAUAUUUUUAAACAAUUUCCAUUGGUUGGACAUUGAUUUCAGUGAGUGCAUUUAAAGAUUUAUUCAUAUUGCAAUCUUGAUCAACAUGAAACCGUGUGUAAGACUUUCUCUCAUUCCUAAUUACCCCAAAUGAUUGCCAAACUUGCCACUGUGCUUCCAAGUUGUUUGAGCUAUUAUGUUUGUGAAAGUUACACUUACAGUUGGCCAAGAGAUUGUUGAGAAGCAUGGCUUGUAUGUAUGCGAGAGCGCUCUCUCCUGUUUUAGUGAUUCUCGUCCACUCCCCAUGGCUGAUGGCUUGCUGAAUGCUGUGAUUCAUAGUUUACUUUUUUCUAAACAGCUUGCACUUUUUGUUAAUAAAAUUAACUUGAGAGAAUA